UUAAAUGUAAUUUUAAAGUUUAUAUUUAUCAUAAUAACUACAGCAUGAAAUGAGAUCAGUGAGGGACUUUACUGGACCGCGAAGGAAAGUUUUUGUUCAGACAGAACCAGGCCUGCAAGUUAGAAGAUUGCAGAUCAACUGUUAUGCUUUCUGUUUUGGUUUAGCAGAUUGACCAAAAGUUUGAUUUUAAAAAGCGUGGGUUUGUUUUAUUUUAUUUUAUUUUGUUUUAUUUUUUUAUUUUAUUUCAUUUUCGUUUAGUUUAGUUUAGUUUAUUUUUUCUCUGAACGUAUUGUGUCUUACGUCAACGUGAUGACGUAUGAAUUUGCGUGCUCGGGGUUGACAGACAGCGCGGUUUCCCUCCUCAUUGCUGCGCUGGUGUUUGGGUAAAUUAAAGUCGUUCCUGACCGGCAAACAUUUCAACCUGCGCAGCUUUAGCCUGGUGGAAGACGAGUCUGCACACAGACCGAGCGCUCCCUGUCGUGUUGGUUAUCGAAGGACUUAUGAGGUCCGGUUAGCAGGACACCAUGUUCAACAGCUCCUUUGGUACUCCGUUUGGUGGCGGGACAGGGGGGUUUGGCACAUCUUCUACCUUUGGUCAGCAAAACACGGGUUUUGGGACAACAGGAGCUUUUGGGACAACAGGAGCUUUUGGGACGACCACCAACACAGGAGGACUGUUUGGCUCCACCCAGAACAAACCUGGCGGCCUGUUUGGAUCCAGCACCUUCAGCCAGCCACCCACUUCCUCCACAAGUACUGGCUUUGGCUUCGGAGCGACCAGUGGGACCUCCACCAACCUGUUUGGAAACGCUGCAACAGGCACCAGCAGCGGACUCUUCUCCCAACAGAACAAUGCAUUCGGUGCCAACAAAACGGCCACCUUUGGUAGCUUCGGAACAAACACCAACACCGGUGGACUGUUUGGGUCAACCAAUGCCACCCCCAAUCCCUUUGGGGGCUCCAGCUCCUUGUUUGGAGGCUCUGGGUUCUCUGCUGCACAGCAGCCAGGAACAACAGUCAAGUUCAACCCUCCAACAGGAAAUGACACUAUGGUGAAAGCAGGUGUGACCACAAGCAUCAACACCAAACACCAGUGCAUUACAGCCAUGAAGGAGUAUGAGAACAAGUCCCUGGAGGAAUUGAGGCUGGAGGAUUACCAGGCGGGCAGAAAGGGCCCGACCAACCCGAUUGCUGGAGGCACUGGUAGUCUGUUUGGUGGAGCCACCCCCACGUCUAGUGCCACAACGGGUCUCUUCGGGCCAUCCACCUCCAACAACAGCUUCGCUUUUGGUCCGAAUAAAACUCCGUUUGUAUCCACGGCUGGGGCAUUCGGGACAACCACGGGGGGUCUGUUCGGCCAACCCAACCAACAGACCACCGGCAGCCUCUUUAAACCCUUUGGAGGGUCAACCACCACUCAAAGCUCCGCCUUCUCCUUUGGUGGCAACACCACCAUGGGUCAGCCCAACACCAGCAGCAUGGGUUUGUUCGGAAACACGGCGGCCCCCCAGCCGGGGGGAUUGUUCGGUUUAACGCCGACCAGCACAGCCACAGGAUUUGGGACGGGCACUGGAUUGUUCGGCCAACCCAGCUCUGGGUUUGGAGCAGUUGGAACACAGCCAAGUUUGUUUGGCAACAAAGCCACAGGGUUUGGUACCACCACCACCAGCGCUCCGUCCUUUGGCACCAGUACCGGAAUCUUUGGUGCCAAACCUUUGGCACUGGGAACCGGAACCAACCCCACUGGUUUUGGUUUUGGAACGGCCCCAGCAGCUGGAAGUCUGUUUGGCAACAAAGCCGCCACCGGAGCCCUGGGGACCGGACUGGGAACCAGCUUUGGGACAGUGGGAACAGGAACCGGUCUGUUUGGAAACACCCAGAACAAACUGGGCACCUCGCUGGGAACAGUCGGAGCCUUUGGAACAACAGGGUUCAACACCGGGACAAGCUCGCUGGGCUUUGGAGCACCGCAGCAGCCUGUUGCGCUUAUUGAUCCAAACGCUAACGCUGCCCAGCAGGCCAUGCUCCAGCAGCAGCUGAGCUUCCUGGCAUACUCGCCGUACGGAGACUCGCCGUUGUUCAGGAACCCGCUGUCAGACCCCAAGAAAAAGGAAGAGCGCCUGAAGCCCACCAAUCCCACCGCUCAGAAGGCUCUGAUCACGCCCGCUCACUACAAGCUGACCCCCAGACCCGCCACCAGAGUCCGGCCCAAAGCACUCACGUCUGCAGGAGCUUCCAAGUCGCAGCUCUUCGAUGGUCUGGAUGACGACGAGCCCUCGCUCACCAACGGAGCCUUUGUACCCAGGAAGAGCAUCAAGAAACUGGUCCUGAAGAACCUGAACAGCAGCCAGUACAGCAGUCCUCUGAACAAAGACGGCGACGACCUGGCCUCCCCUUCAGAGUACCCUCAGAAUGGACUCAGCCUAGUGGAGGAUGAGCUUCAGGAGAUUCCAGAUCCACGCCGUCAGUCCAACAACGAUCCAGAGGUCACUCAGUUCUACGUCAACCCCAUCGCCAAGCCAAUUCCUCAAGGCCGCACCCAGGCCAACCUGCAGGACACCAUCACUGAGCUCAACAUGCACAAAGUGCCCAGGACUGGACUGGAGCUGAGCAACGAGGACAUGUCUGCGUCUCUGGGGGAGGAGUAUCUGCAGGAGGAUCAGGAGGAGGAGCAGCAGCAAGAGGAGCAGCGAUCUCCUCACCCUGCAGGUAUCGUCCUGAACCGGGUCGGGUAUUACACCAUCCCCCCUUUAGAGGAUCUGGCUGACAUGGUGGAUGAAAACGGAGAGUGUAUUGUGGAGAACUUCACUGUCGGAAGGAAAGGAUACGGCUCCAUCUUCUUCCCCGGGGAGGUCAAUUUGACGGGCCUGAACCUGGACGAGAUCGUUCACUUCAGACGCAAAGAGGUCAUCGUGUAUCCCGAUGACAAAAACAAGCCACCUGAGGGGGAGGGGCUUAACAGACGGGCCGAGGUGACUCUGGACGGCGUCUGGCCCAACGACAAAACCAGCUGCACUCAGAUCAGGAGCCCCGACCGCCUGGCGGACAUGAAUUAUGAGGGCCGGUUAGAGAAGGCGUCCCGCAAACAGGGUGCACGUUUCCUGGAGUACAGACCAGAGAGUGGAUCCUGGGUGUUUGAGGUCAACCAUUUCUCCAAGUACGGCCUCCAAGAUUCGGAUGAAGAUGACGACGUCCCACCCAAAGCAGACCCCAAAAAACUCAAGAUGAUGUCACUUCCUGCCUCCAAGCUGCAGCAUCUGCUUCCCCCAUCCCAGCAGCAGGUGGCACCACAGGCUCAGUCUGUUGACCUCAUGAGCGGCGUGGCGGAGUUUGACAGCGACAUGGCUGACAUCACCCAGAGCCUUCCUCCAGAGAGCAUGCUGGGAGGUGAGGAGGAGGGCACUCUUCUGCAGGGGGAAAUGGACGGAACCAGCCCAAAGCUCGGUGGUCUGGUGUCUGAGGAGCACGACAGCAUCUCUGCAUCCACACACCUGGCCUCCUCCAUGGGGAUCAACCCGCACACCCUGCAGAUCAUGAAGGCGUCUCUGUUUGCCGAGGAUGAAGAUGACGUAGACGUGUUCCAGCACCAGGGUGGGAUGAAGGUCUCCACUGACGUCUCGUCUCCACGCCUCGUCUUGCCAGCUUCUCUGGGUCGGCCCUCUGUUGGUGGACUUCUCCAGACUCGCUUCUCUGCUGGUCACCUCUCUGACUCGCCACGCCCUUCCCUUCGAGCAUCUCCAGUUGGGCCAGAACCCCCCCGCUCGGUACAAUGGAAAGGACUGGGUCCCUCCCCUUUCCUGCUUCCCCCUCGGACAGCAGAACCCCCAAUCAGGACGGUCAGAGUGCGGCGCUUGGGCGGAGCUGUCCCUCUGAAAGAGUCUGUCACUCAGGGGAAGGGAGGUCUGCUGAUGGACGCAGGGCUGUUUGCUGGCCGCUCCUUCAGGGUGGGCUGGGGUCCCGGCUGGACGCUGGCCCACUGCGGUAGCAGACUCAGCUCUCAGACAUCAGAACCAGGAGCGAGCCGAGAGGCGGACCUGGCCGACUUCAGCUUCCUGCCCAAACCUGCCAGGACCAAACCUUUGACAGAAAGUCCCUACAAGGUGGUUCUUGAGCAGCUGGUGGGCCUAGAUCCUCUUCAGGGUAAGACCAGUGAGGAGGAUGAGGACCAGACCGUGCUGCAGCGCCCCCUGGAGAUCAGCUUGAAGUACAGCACUGUCAGCGUUCCAGACGGGUCUGAGUGUCCUCUAGUGAAGCCACAGCCCGGCGUGGAGGCUCUGCACGCGUAUGCCGAGUGGAUCACAGAGCUGGUGGAGAAAGAGGGCGGCUCUGAGCCCCUGCUGGGUCACUGGGCUGAGGUCUGGACUCUGUGUGAGGCCCUCUGGGGCCGCCUGGGCCCUGCAGACCUGGAACCUGAUGCUGAGACGCCGAGCCAGUAUGAGCAGCAGCUUGCCAGAAGGAGGAGCUUCUCUGCCUGGCUGUCCUCUGGUGCCACCCACCGAGUGGAGGAGGAGGUGUCUGUGGCGGGAAAGGGUUGCCACAUAGAGGCCAUCUUCAGUUACCUGACAGGAAACCGAAUCAGUGAGGCAUGUCGACUGGCGCAGAAAGAAGGAGACCACCGUCUGUCCCUGCUGCUUUCUCAGGCCACCGGCUCUCAGAUGUGCCGCGACCUGCUGGGCCUGCAACUCGCCGACUGGAGCCGCACUCAGACGGACUGCUACCUGACCGAGGAACGGCUUCGCAUCUAUGCUCUGCUCGCCGGAAAACCGGUGUGGCAGUCCUCAGAAUCGGUGGUGAACGUGUGCUCGCAGCUCGACUGGAAGCGCUGCAUCGCCCUCCACCUCUGGUACAUGCUGCCCCCCACGGCGUCCGUGGCUGACGCCCUCGCCAAGUACGAGGCGGCCUUCCAGGGCUCAGCUGAGGGAGGGAAGUAUUCCUGCGCCCCUCUCCCCCCCUACUUGGAGGCAAAACACCUUGAUGAUGAUGAUGAUGAUGAUGACGAGGAAGAGUCUAAUCGUCCAUUGUACGAUCUGUGCUUCCACCUGCUGAAGCUCUACAGUGACAGACACUACAGCCUGCAGCAGCUGCUGGAGCCUCUGACUGUUACCUGGCAGCGCCUAGAUUUCCGGCUCAGCUGGCACCUGUGGGGCGUCCUGCAGGGGCUGAACUUCAGCCACCUGAGUGCAGCGCGCCAGGGUCUCCUCCAUGCCAGCUACGCCGCGCAGCUGGAGAGCGCUGGCCUCUGGCACAUGGCCGUCUACAUCCUGCUCCACAUCCCCAACCACAUUGAGCGGGAGCGAGCCGUCAGGCAUGUGCUGAGCCAGCACUGCCCCCUGGAGGACACGGACCAGUCACUGCAGAGGGAACACUUCCUGACCGAGCGGCUGCUGGUUCCAGAGUCGUGGAUCCACCUGGCAAAGGCCAACCGAGCCCACCGGCACUGCGACAGACACCAGCAGGCCCUGCACCUGUACCGGGCCGGCUUUUGGAACCAGUGCCACCGGCUGCUGAUCCAACACUUGGCCUCAGACUGCAUAAUCAACGACAAGCACGACUACUUGCUGGAGUUCCUGGAGGGUCUGGCAGUCCCUGAACACUGCGCCACCAUUCUGGACUGGGACACGGCCGGGGGGGUUUACCUGGACUAUAUCCGAGUUAUCAAGACUCUUCAGGACAUCCAGCAGGUGGAGAACGCCGGUUACGAGCUAGAACGUCUUUACACCGACGUCACCUCGCUCUGUGGACGAAUCGAGCUGCUUCCCUGCAGCUGCGCCAAGGAUCGCCUCGCCCAAUCAGAGAUGGCAAAGCGUGUGGCCAACAUCCUGCGCGCAGUGCUGAGCCUGCAGCAGGGGGACUCAGCGACCCACCCCCCUGGUAUCCCGCUCACCCAGCUGGCGCCACACAUCGGGCGUCUGCCGAUGCCGGAGGACUACACGCUGGAGGAGCUGCGGGGUCUCACGCAGUCAUACCUGCAGCAGCUGAUCGUCAGCCAAUGAGGGAGCAGCAAUUGACGGCACCACUUCUCAGUCCUCCGCCUCUACCGGCAUUAUGACCAAAAACAAAAGAUGAUGAGACGUUUCAGAACCUGCAGGUCUGCAUCUUGGACAACGAGGCUGGCUCUUAAACAAAACUUUCUCUGCUGGAUUUCCCCCCAGAACAAUGGAAGUUCUGCGGGGUUCGCUCAGGAGAGCCGCCUUCACCCUGCAGAUGAGAAGGUCGGAGUUCCUCCUGAGUCCGAAAAACAACCAGAGGCCUAUUUUUGUACGUCUCUUGUUUUUCUGAAGAAAAUCAUUUUUACAAACAUGUUUUUUUUUUUCAUCAAAUUAAGAUUCCUCCCAGAUUUCUCAGUGUUUGUUUAAGGCAGACCUCCUUUUAUCUGACCUCCAUGAGGGGGUGCAGCGGCUGCACUUGGCAGGCGUUCCUUGUUUUAGCUUCUUUCACUUUCCCAGAGGAGUGACUCCAGAGUGUGUGUUUGUGCGCAUGUGUGUGUUACUGUGGAGUUUCUGAUGAUUUGUUCAUAUUUUCAAUAAAGUUGAAUAGAAUAAA